AUGCGCGGUUGGCAUCGAGGUGUACAAACGGUACAACGCCAUGCAUUACAUGGCCACUUACUCGUCGAUCUGUUCGCGGACAAUCGGGCAGGAUUCCGUGUGUUUCUCGAGUACAUUAACGUGAUGCGUCGAAUGUGGAAUCUGUUAGAGUUUCAAUCCAAUUUCAUCAAUGAUUAUUUUUGUGAUUUGUGGUUGAAUCGUACCAAACAUUCCCUUCGAUUGGCCAUCAAAUUUUUCUUAGUCACCUGUAUGCUUAUUGUCGUCGAACCGAUCCUCACCUGCCCGGUGGAUAAACAAGUAUCCCGAUGGUAUUGGCAGGCCACUUUCGUCACAUUUCUUAUUUUCUAUCUGUUUACCUUUCGGGCAGUUGAUCAUGAAACGUAUGCGAAUGUGGGACUGGCUAUCUGUUUGUUACACAUUAGCACACAGCUUCCGAUCCGAUGCCAGGUGCAUAGUCGUAACGCUCCGCUAUUCAGUCCGGCAUUUGUGACCGUGUUCACCACAUUUGUCAUGCUUCCGAUUCGAUUGGAAUUGGCCUUUUGUUUGAUUAUUGUAUUUAUUGUGGUUUUGGAAUCGUUGGAUUUGGUUUAUGAUAACGAAUUGUUUCAUCGUUCGCAAGCCGAGAACUAUAAAAUCCCAUUGGAUAGGUGGAUUGAUUACGAUUUGGCCCGAAUGAUGGCCACGCAAUCGUUCGUGAUGAAACGCACCAAACAUGUGCUCUCUGCACGUCUACUUCUCUGGAUCAUUGUUUGCGUGUCCGCAAUCUACACACGCUCGUGGAACACAGUCAGACGACGUUAUGCAUUCUACAAAUUGGGCAAAAGUGUGCAAGCUCGAACACAGUGUGCCAAAGCACAUCAGGGCAAAGUGAAUUGGAUUGAGGCUAUCAUGCCAUUACAGGUCAGUGAGGAAUAUCAGCGUAUGCGAAAAAUUAAUGAUCAUUUCAAUGUGACCGAUUGGGUGUACAUACGUGCGUACGAGAAUGUGAGCAUCCUGUUUGCUGAUGUGGUCGGUUUUACCACACUUAGUUCCAAAUUGUCCGCACUACAAAUUGUCACCAUCUUGAACGAAUUGAUCACACAGUUCGACGAAGUUUGUCAAAACACACAUUGCGAGAAAAUCGGUGUAAUUGGGGACUGUUAUUAUUGUAUGUCUGGGUGUCUGGAGUUUCAGUCCAAUCCGGCCGUGUGUUGUGUGGAAAUGGGUUUGGGCAUGUGUGCCAUAUUGAAAGCAUUUAACCGGGAACACCAAUUCUCGGUCAAUAUUCGUGUCGGAAUUCAUACCGGGCGUGUGCACACGGCUAUCUUGGGCUCACAACGAUUUCGUUACGAUGUAUACUCUUACGAUGUGAUGAUCGCAAACGAACUGGAAGCGACCGGUCGACCGGGAAUGGUUCAUAUCAGUCAGGACACAUUUGAUCGUCUGGCAGAUAGAUACACAGUCACACCGGGACCGGAUUUAGUCGUGGACAAACGAGAUACGUCCUUUCUACUUCGUCGUACAGCUGCCAGUGUACGAAUCCGAACAUAUUUUAUCGAUCCGGAUGAUACACGGCUAACACUUGUAAAACGAGAUGAGCAGAUUCAUGAACUGGUCUCGAGCGACAUUAUCGACACUUCAGAAACGAGUGUACCAUUCUACAGCAUGAAUGAUGAUACGGAAGAUAGUUUGGAAGUGCAAGAUGUGGCAACUGGCACGGCUGUCUGGGCGGAAUACGCAAUGUCAGCCGAGGCAUUGGCAGAUAUUAAACUCAGUCAUCAAACAAAUGCAAUGAAUUUGAAACGUGAUAUUGAGUUCAUUAAAGAUUUACGAUCUGAUCCGGCUAAACAUUCUUUACUGUUUCACAGUCCCCCGGUCACGUCUGUUUUGUUGCAAUUCAAUAAUCCGGAAGUUCAGUGGCACUAUCAAUUGCACACGAGGUACCGAAUCGGUGCCACAUUUGUUGACUCAGUCAAAUUGGCCCGAGUGGUCGAUAUCAUAUUGAUUUUCCUCGUGAUUGUUGUAUUGUGUAGCUUUGGAAUGAUGAGUAAUUUGGAACAAGUGAUCAUUCUGACCUAUGUGUUCACACUGACAGUUGCGGUGCUCAUAUUUUUCAGCUUAUGGUUAAUCGGGACCAACUAUCCAGAAACUAUAGAAUACAAUUGGCUACGUGGCUACUAUCUGUUCUGUUCCCAUCCAUUUGUGCGUGAAGUACUCAUCGGAAUCUAUACUUGUCUGCCGACUGUGAUCACAAUCGUGAAUCGGAACAGUAUGUCUCGGAAUACAGACGCAGAAAGUUUCACGUACAUACUCGGUGCAAUGAACUACAUCAGUCUGCUGGCUCAUUCGUUACCCUCAUCAUCCGCGGCCUGGGCUCGUACGUUGUUCUGUGUGCUUAGUCUCAUCCUGAUCUCCACUCAUCAAAUCGAAUUCUAUAAUCAAUCGAUUUCGAACAAAUUCUGUUUGGCCAAUAUGACACUCCUGAAUGGUUUGCCUUUGACCCGCGUAUUUUUCACACACUAUUUACAGUUGAUUGUGUGCCUGAUCCUUGUGAUUGUGCUUGCCCGGGAAAGUGAACGUAUUUGCAAACUGUGUUUCUACGUGCAUCGAGAGGCGGAAAUUGAGAGUGAGGCAGCUGAGAAAAUUGUGGCCGAAGCGAACGAUCUACUCUACAACAUCAUACCGGCCUAUGUGUUUGAAGAAUUGAAAGAAACAGGCCAUGCGGAUCUGUCCAAGGCAGCCGAUUCGAAAUUGCGCUAUGCGGUUGGACACCAAAAUGUGGGCGUGGUAUUUGUAUCCGUGACCAAAUUUUUCGCCACCGUGUACCGUGAAGAUGAGGGUGGUGGGGAACGUUCGUUGCGUCUGUUGCAUAAGAUUAUUUGCUCGUUUGAUGAAUUGUUACGCAAACCGGAAUACAAGGAUGUGGAAAAAAUUAAAUCGAUGAAUGAGAAUUAUCUAGUCGCGGCCGGUUUGAAUCGGAAAUUGUUGGCCAUGAAUCGGGAUCCGUCGGCACAUUUAGUCGCCCUAAUGAAUUACUGUUUCGAAGUGCGUCGUGUGGUUCGAUCAUUUCGCACGUAUGAACUAAUUGAGACGGGGCCAUUGAUUCCGAAAUUGGGUUUCAAUUUCGGUCCCUUGACUGCCGGGAUUAUUGGGACUUCCAAACCGCACUAUGAUAUUUGGGGUGAUACGGUGAAUGUGGCUAGUCGAAUGUGUUACACAAGUGUACCGGGACCGAUUCAAGUGCCCGAAUGGGUUCGGGAUAGAUUGCAUUUUUACUUUGCAUUUCGAUUUCGCGGGGAAAUUUUUGUCAAAGGAAAAGGAAUUAUGCGUACCUAUUUUUGUGAAGAACCCCCCAGUCCGAUAAAUUCGAGCCUUGGUGAAUCGGAGGACAAUUGA